CGAGCGCUCUGCUGAAUCCCUCUUUGUCAUCAGAUGUGGGACUUUCCUGAGAUCAAACGCACCGCGACAAGGAGCAGUUCAGCUCUGCAGCCUUACAUGGUGAAAAGCCAGACGGCUCUGACCUGAGCCCAGAGGAGAGAGAGAGAGAGAAGAGAGAGAGAGAGAGAGAGAGAGAGACAGAGUGAGAGAAACAUCAAAACUGCAGCGGGCCGGAGAGAAAAACCUUUCUGCUGCCAGUCGCAAGAGAGGGAGAUUAGUUCUCUCCUUGUCAGUGAGGUUAUGGAAACAACAAGAAACGGAAAGAUGGAAAAUGGAUGGUGAUGAAGAUGGCUGCUGUCUCCACCAUCUCUCUGCUCCUUCUCUGCUGCUUCGCCAUCUCCUCCACAGAUUCUGAGGAAGUAUGCAACUUAUACACUGCAAAAGGCAGGACCGUUACGAUGCCGAUGUUAUCCGCGGUGGACCAGCAGGGCUCACUGAGAUGGAUUCACAACGACAAGAUCAUCUUACAUAGAAGAAAAACCUCCUUUAUAACAGGGAACCAGGAGUCACUGACUAAAAAUGGAUCCCUGAUAUUGACAAAUAUCUCGGAGAGCCAAGCUGGGAAAUACACGCCCCAAGCUUUUGAUGUGAAUGGCCUGACAAAAGGGGUUUUUAAAACCACGAAUUUAUGUGUAGUGGACCCAGUCCCGAAGCCUUCGGUGAAGAUAUCAUGUACAAAAUCAGAUGUCACAUUCACCUGCGAGGUUCAAGCAAAGCUGGUCAAAGAUUUAACCUUUGCAUGGUUUCGGAACAAAAAGAAGUUGGAAAAGGAGAAAGGUCCGACUGUGAAGCAAAAGGUGGAUCAGGUGAUGACAGACUCCUUCAGCUGCCAAGUUUCCAACAAGGUCAGCGAUGCGUCCAGUGAGCCUGUUACACAACACUGCAUGGGAAAAACACCCAUUUUCCCUGAAUAUGUAUGGGGAAUAAAUACCUGGUAUAUCGUGGGAGCCGGAGGAGGUCUUGUUUUGUUGCUGAUGAUCAUCGUUAUUGUUUGCUGCAUCCGCACCAAGCGGAGGAAACGCUUGCAACUGAAGGAUGAGGGGGAGCUUCGAUUGGCGUGGACCAACGAACAGCAUCAACACCAGAAUCAACACAAUCAUCCUCCAGAUCAACACCCCCACCACCAUCAUCCCCACCAGCAGCCGGCCGGCCACACCGGUCCUCGCCAGCACCGCCCCAGGCAGCACCGCAACCACCAGCUUCCCAAAACCCCCGACCACCCCAACGCUCAGCCUCAGCCCAGCCCCCGGAAACCUGCACAGGCCCCGAGACCAGCUGCUAAGAUUGAUGAAGAGCAGCCUCCUCCUCUUCCUCAGCCCAGGAAGAAAGCUACCAAAACGGCCAAACUGUGACACCAAGUGAGUGUUGGAGAUUAGAAAUUGUCAUCACCAGCUUUUUCUUCUUUUUCUUUUUUUUUUCUUUUUUUUUUUUUUUUACCCCUAUUGAUGUUUGAUGAAUUCAUUCAGACUCAAACAGGAAACGGAGAUGAAAGACGCUUCACUCCUCUGUGCCUCGGCGUUAAAUGUCAUGAGUUCACCAGAAAAAGUUUGUAUUAAUAUGUUAAUAAUCACUGAAGCAAACUAUGAAACUAUGAAUCUUAUUUAAGUUCAUUAUGCCAUUAAAUCUUGGAUAGCCUUCUUGCAUAACAUUGUUUAAAUAUUAAAAUAUUAAAAUUAAACUUUUAAUUUAACUAUUAAAUUGUCUUUUUUCUCAAGAUAUCAAACCACUAUUUCAUUAUUUCCAUUAAAUAAUUUAAUAAUAGUGGAUAACAAAUGGUGACUGGAACUGUAACCUUGUUGAAUAUUAAUUUUCCUCUUUUUUCCUGUUUCAUUUUUUUCUGCUCUGCUUUGUUUUGUUGUUUCUCUCAAGAAUGACUAGAAAGACUCUGAAGUAUAAAAGGCCAUUAUUGCAAAAUAAUGAGAUAUUACGUUCAUAAUCUCAAACUGAUAUUCAGAGAGUUUUUGUACUUCUGUAUUUUUUUUUUAACUUUGUAAUGUUUUUUAUACUUGAGUUGAUGACAUGUUUGUGUCAGAUAACAUAUAAAUCAUCUUCUCAGGAGGAUGGAUGAAUUAAGUGAGUAUUAACAUGACUGUACUUAACCUGGAAAGGAACGAACAAUAAUGAGCCGAAUGUUAGCAAACUCCCUGAGGAAGACCACGAGGUUCCAGAAAGCUCAGGAAAAAGGCUUGUUAUUGGACCUUUUAGUUCAGGUUUAAAGAUAAACUCCAUGAUCUUGAUGUAUCUGCUCAUCUAACUCGGCAAAAAGCAAAUAAGCAUAAUAAAAGUAAUUUAUUUAGCAUCUCUUCCCACAUAAACGAUUAUCUGGUUACAGUUAUUGUUUUUUUUCCAUCCAUGAUUUAAUUUUCUUUCCAGACAGACUGCAUAGAUUAAUGCAAUUUGAAAGGUUUUUUUAUUGUAAGAGCCGAAUAUUUUCACUGCAGCCUUUUAAUAUCAGUCUUACACAAACUAUUUUUGUGUACAUUUGUAUGCAGUUCUUUGUUGUAACUUUUUGUUUGUAAUUUUGUGUGAAUUAGUUGUUUUUUUUUUACCAGAGACAGGUCACAUUUUCUUCACCUGACAAACUAUAUAAAGAUUUAUCAUUAAUGCUUUAUUUUUGGGAACUGCAGGUUUGGCUCAUGAAAAGACAGACAGGUUAACCUAAUCAUAAUGUGAAUAAAUGUGUUUCUAUGCAGUAAAGAAACAAGGAACCACAUCACAUAUCCCUAUCUAUCUAUAGAAACAACAAUACCAAAGGACUUGCAUUGUAUCCAUCAAACUAACUGCUUUCUUAAUGUAAAAAUGUAAAUUCAAACUGCACACAAUGAAAUAAAUGAUGUCAAUUGUAAUGCGACUUUUCCAGUAAAAUAUAAGCGGGGAAAUGAAUGUU